GACCGAGCACCAACCCCCGAUUGUGUUAGUUUCCGGUUGAGUACGUAUUCGCUGACGYUCCUCUGCCUGAGUUUGGUUAAGCUUGCGUUGUAGUCGCCGACAUCAGGAACGUUUCAGCUGUGAUCUGCAGCAAACAGCUGAAUUACAGAGCAGACUGAGCCGGAGGGUUUCCCUCCAUUAGACACACUCAUACAGACGGGUCGGUCCACGUUGCCAACAUGGUGCUCGCAGAUUUGGGGAGGAAGAUCACCUCAGCGCUGAGGUCACUCAGCAAUGCCACCAUCAUCAAUGAAGAGGUGUUGAACGCCAUGUUGAAGGAGGUGUGUGCUGCUCUCCUGGAGGCAGAUGUUAACAUCAGGCUGGUCAAACAGCUGAGAGAGAACGUCAAGGCGGCCAUCGACCUGGAGGAGAUGGCUUCAGGUCUGAACAAGAGRAGGAUGAUCCAACACGCCGUCUUCAAAGAGCUGGUGAAGCUGGUUGACCCGGGUGUGAAGGCCUGGACCCCCACCAAAGGAAAGAACAACGUCAUCAUGUUCGUCGGUCUUCAGGGCAGCGGGAAAACCACCACCUGCUCCAAGCUCGCUUAUUAUUACCAAAGGAAAGGCUGGAAGACGUGUCUGAUCUGUGCYGACACCUUCAGAGCAGGAGCCUUUGAUCAGCUGAAACAAAAUGCCACCAAAGCCAGAAUCCCGUUUUACGGCAGCUACACAGAGAUGGACCCAGUGGUGAUCGCGGCCGAAGGCGUGGACAAAUUCAAAGGUGAGAACUUUGAGAUCAUCAUCGUGGACACGAGCGGCCGACACAAACAGGAGGACUCGCUUUUCGAGGAAAUGCUUCAAGUUUCCAAUGCUGUGCAACCCGACAACAUCAUAUACGUGAUGGACGCGUCCAUCGGUCAGGCCUGCGAGGCUCAGGCUAAAGCCUUCAAAGACAAAGUAGACGUGGCGUCGGUGAUCAUCACAAAACUGGAUGGGCACGCUAAAGGAGGCGGAGCUCUUAGCGCCGUGGCAGCCACCAGGAGUCCCAUCAUCUUCAUCGGAACUGGAGAACACAUCGACGACUUCGAGCCGUUCAAGACUCAGCCCUUCAUCAGCAAACUGCUCGGAAUGGGCGACAUCGAGGGAUUGAUAGACCGGGUCAACGAGCUGAAGCUGGACGACAACGAGGAGCUGAUCGACAAACUGAAACACGGUCAGUUCACCCUCAGAGACAUGUACGAGCAGUUCCAAAACAUCAUGAAGAUGGGACCGUUUGGACAGAUAAUGGGGGCAUGGCCGGUCUUCAGUCAAUGAUGCGUCAGUUUCAGCAGGGCGCCGCUGGAAACAUGAAAGGCAUGAUGGGAUUUAACAACAUGUGACCAUGCGCCACUCCGCUGCCUUAAAACAAAAACCUGAAAGGCUUUGCCUCCGAGCAGGUGGAAGAGGUGGGGCGACCUGUCUUUUGCUGCUUUGCACUAACCAACAAAUACAGAUCUCUCUUUUAUUAGAAAACCACCAGAAUAAACUUUUGAAUUCGAAUGAGCAGUCCGAAGGUUUCAGGCGACCCGCCUCGGUCAGACAAGCUCCUGGAAGCUACUUUUUAAAGGACGGGUAGCGCCGAAGAUGAGCUGCUUCUUCACGGGCCUCGUUUCUUUUGUUGUGUAAAUUUUCUGUUUUAAUUUUAAACCUAGUCGGUCCUUUCAAUGAGCUGAUGCCACAUGAUUAAAGUGAUGACAAGGAUUAGUGACUGUAUUUUUGUCAUAAUAAAUAUUUGUAUUGCAUCAUUUUAA